GAGGAUUCCGCAGGCCAUGCUGGGACCAUUGAGACGGGCGGUGUCCAAUGGAUGUGUGCCGGAAAAGGUAUCAUUCACGCGGAGAUGCCUGUGCAGGGAAAAGGCGUGCCUGAGCCUCGAGGAUUGCAGCUUUGGGUGGACCUACCAAAGGAGUUCAAGAUGGUGGAACCGUCCUAUCAGGAGCUGGGCCCUGAAUCUAUUCCAACUGCGUAUCCUGAAGGCGAGGAUGGUGGCAUUAGCAUCAAAGUCAUUAGUGGAAAGAGUCACGGCGUUGAGUCACCUGUGCGGCCACUCGGCGGGUGCUGGUUCUUCCACGUGACAAUGAAGAAUGCAGGCGCAACGAUGUUCCAGGACAUUCCUGCUGGUUGGACGGCAUUUGUGUACAUUUGGAAGGGUGCAGUAAACGUUGGUGAAAGCGGUCCUGUCAAUGACGCUUUCCACACGCUGGUCCUUUCUAACAACGACGGCGAGACCGGCGUGCAACUAACGGCUGCAAACGACGAUACACAAUUUGUGUUGAUUGCUGGGGAGCCUCUCGACCAGACUGUUUUCCAGUACGGUCCUUUCGUCAUGACGAAUCAAGAAGAAAUUCAGAAGACGCUGAUGGACUACCGAACGGGACGUAACGGGUUCGAGAAAGCACAUACAUGGAAGAGCAAAAUUGGGAAUUCGUGAGUUUCAGGACUAUCGUACGCAUAAUUGUAAUCUCCUGUACAAGGAGCAAGCUCCUUUGCGAUACUUAAUGUUUCAUAAUUUGUAUGUGCAGUGCUUCUGUUUUUUUUUGCGAAUGAGUCAGAGUAAUGCAUGCGAGGUCUGGAUGAAACAGGCCACACUAGACACUGCAAUUAUUUUCGAAAAUUUGUCUGCCUUAUUUGACUGUAUCCAGCGAGUCUUGGCGCUAGGGG